AUGUACCUUGUUGCCCAGCAGAGGCCCCUUAGUGUGCUGGAGGGUUCAGGUGUGCGUUUGUCCCCGCUGACUGAGAGACAAGAGCCGACAGGUUCAGUCAGACAUCAACACAGCACAGAGCGGCCCUCAGGGGACAGGACAGGUUACCUCCUGCAGCAGAUCUCCCCUGAGGACAGCUCUGUUUCUGCAGAGUCCACAUGCAAACUGAAGGCAAAGUUCAACCUGAGCGGCUACAAGGACGUGGAGAAGAAGAAGGUCGUUAUCGGGGGGAUGUUUCCCGUCCACAAACGGAUCACUUCCAGCGAUGGCAACACUUCAAGGGUGCCCGUCUCCUCAGGGUGUGAGGGGUUUAACUUCCGUACCUUUCGCUGGACCCAGACCAUGCUGUUCGCUAUCAAUGAAAUUAACAGAAGGGACGACCUGCUUCCAAACACAGACCUGGGCUAUGUCAUCUAUGACUCCUGCUUCACCAUCUCCAAAGCUGUGGAGGGAACCCUCACUUACCUGACGGGCCAAGAUGAGGCUGUACCCAACUACCGCUGUGGGACUGGGGCGCCUCUGGCUGCUCUAGUGGGAGCUGGGGGCUCUGAUCUUUCUAUUGCCACAGCCAGGAUACUUGGACUCUAUCACUUCCCACAGGUCAGCUAUUCUUCAACCUGCUCUGCCCUGGAUAGUAAGUUCCAGUUCCCCACCUUCCUGAGGACCAUCCCCAAUGACAAGCACCAGUCUAAAGCUAUUGCCCAGCUGGUGCUGCACUUUGGCUGGACUUGGGUAGGCACCAUAGCCGCAGACGAUGAUUACGGCAAGUAUGGCAUCAAAGACUUCAAGGAGCAGGUGGAGGAGGCUGGAGUCUGCAUAUCUUUCUCUGAGACGCUGCCUAAGGUGAGUUCCCCAGAGGACAUCCAGCGUAUUGUCCAAACUGUGAUCGAGGCCACCGCCAAGAUCAUCGUGGUCUUCUCCUCAGACGUGGACCUCAGUCCGCUCAUCGCUGAGCUGCUCAGGCACAAUGUGACCAACCGCACCUGGAUCGCCAGCGAGGCCUGGGUGACCUCCGCUCUCAUCAACCAGCCAGGCGUGAGCUCAGUGCUGGGUGGGACUCUGGGCUUUGGAGUCAAAAGGGCAAACAUACCAGGUCUUCAGCGCCACCUACUGGAUUUGGACCCCUAUGAUGACCUUCUUACUGAGGAAUUCUGGGAAUCUUUGUUUAACUGCACACUGAACUAUGACAGAGCUGUGAGGCAGGCCAAGCAGAGGGCCAAAGAGGCGAACGGCACCCUCUCCAGGGCAGUGAGGGGCGUCCCAGAUGGGCUGUGUACCGGCCGUGAGUCUGUGGCACAGCUCAAUAACACCUACUCAGAUGUGUCCCAGUUAAGAAUCACUUACAGUGUUUACAAAGCUGUGUAUGCUGUGGCUCAUGCUCUGCACAACCUGGAGCAUUGUAAACUUGGACAGGGUCCGUUCAACGCGAGGAACGAAUGUGCAGACAUCACCAACUUUGAGCCGUGGCAGCUGAUGUACUAUUUGAAGAACGUGCGUUUUAAAGUGCCGCACACAGAAGAGGAGAUCUACUUUGACAACGGGGACGUUGAAGGCUUCUAUGACAUCAUAAACUGGCAGAUCAACGGUAACGGGGAGAUUUCCUAUGUCACUGUGGGACACUACAACGGCUCAGCAGCUGAGGAGGACAGAAUGACCAUCAUGAAUGACUCCAUCGUGUGGAACAAUGACGUUUUAGAGCCUCCUCGGUCAGUGUGCAGCGAGAACUGUCAGCCGGGCACCAGGAAGGGAAUCAGGCAGGGGGAGCCGGUCUGCUGCUUUGACUGCAUCCCAUGUGCUGAUGGAGAGAUAAGCAACACAACGAAUGCUCGUGAAUGCAUCCUGUGCAGUGGUGACUUCUGGUCCAACGAGGCUCAUGACACCUGCGUACCAAAAAUCAUAGAGUUUCUGGCCUUUGGAGAACCCCUGGGGAUCACCCUCAUCGUCAUCUCAGCCUUUGGAGCGCUUGUCACCAUCGCUGUAGGGGUGGUGUUUGUCAUGAACAUUGGCACUCCUCUGGUGAAAGCUAAUGAUGCUCUGUUGAGUUUCUCCCUGCUCUUCUCCCUGGUGGUGACCUUCCUCUGCUCCAUCGUCUUCCUCGGAGAACCUCAGCACUGGAGCUGCAUGACCAGCCAAGUAGCCCUGGCUCUGGGCUUUGCUCUCUGCCUCUCCUCCCUCAUGAGUAAGGCGGCUGUACUAAUGCUGAGGGCUCAGGCUCUGAAAGCAGCCCGGGCCAGAAGUAAAGCAGCAGCCAAAGCUGCUAAAGCUGCAGCUGAAGCAGCAGCCAACAGCAGAAAUCCUGAUCUCAUUGUUACCAACACAAUAAACAACAAUGAUGCUACUGCCUUUAUUAACCCUGAGGUUGACACUCUCACAUGUGCCCACCAGAGGGCGAUAGCUGCUGCAGCAACAUUAAUUCAGGCUAUAGCGUGCACAGUUUGGCUCAUCAUCCUCCCUCCUCAUCCGGUCAAGAACACUUCAGCCCAGAAUAUCAAGAUCAUCCUGGAGUGUGAUGAAGGCUCUGUGGUCUUCAUCUGUUGUAUCUUUGCCUAUGACAUUCUGCUGGCUCUGCUGGCCUUCAUCUUUGCUUUCAUCGCUCGCAAACUGGAAGAUCACUUCAGUGAAGCCAAGUGUGUGACCUUCGGCAUGCUGGUCUUCUUCAUCGUCUGGAUCUCCUUCGUCCCGGCUUAUCUUAGCACUCGAGGAAAGUUCAUGGUUGCAGUGCAGAUCUUCGCCAUCCUGGCCUCCAGCUUCGGCCUGCUGACCUGCUUCUUUCUGCCCAAGUGUUACGUUCUUUUGGUCAAACCUGAACGGAACACAGAGGAGAUGAUGAGGCCCCGCCCCAAACCACGCGAUGGGACCUCGACGGGGACCUCAGCCUCCCUGGCCACAGCUGCUACGGAGGUCAACGCCACCAUCGCAUCCACUGCUAUCGAUGACUGA